AAGUGAGUGCUAACUAGCUAGCCAGGGAGAGAGCAGCUAGAAGAAAAUGGAGAGGGGAACGCAUAUCCUGGUUAUUGCCUAUCCAGUACAAGGCCACAUAAACCCAAUGCUCCAAUUCUCCAAGCGCCUGGCCUCAAAGGGUCCUAGAGUCACCUUUAUCUCGACCAGCAUCAUGAGCAAGUCCAUAUUGCAGACCGUGCAAACCGCGGGCAGCAGUCUCAACUUUGAGACAAUUUCUGAUGGCUCCGAGGAUGUCGAUCAUAAGACGGAAAUCAUCGAUGCGCAGCUCGAGCGUUUCGAAUUGGUAGUCUCGCAAAACUUGGCAAAGUUCAUCGAGAGUCAAAAAAGCUCCAAACACCCUCCGAAAAUUCUAGUGUAUGACUCAGUGCUGCCAUGGGCUCUAAAUGUAGCCAGGAAACUUGGCAUAGAUGGAGCUCCUUUUUUCACGCAGUCGUGUGCGGUUAAUGCAAUAUAUUAUCAUCAUGUGCUUCGAGGAGCACUUGGCCGGAUUCCUGUAGAAGGGCCUUUGAUAUCACUGCCCUCGAUGCCAUCACUAGGUAUCAGUGAUAUGCCUUCGUUUCUUUGCGACACGCACUCCUACCCAGCUCUGCUAAAACUCGUACUGAAUCAAUUCUCAAACUUCCAGGAAGCUAAUUGGCUCUUCUGCAACACUUUCGACAAGUUGGAACAUGAGUACUACAGCUUGCACGGACUUGCUAAUGGAGCUGGCCGGCAGGCAGAGAAAGAGUGCCCUUGCAUGCGGAGUUGGAUCAGCUAGCAUUGCAUAACACACACACACGUAUAUGGGUUUAUGUGAUCACCGAUGAUCACCAGCUUGUGCAUGCAUGUGAUGUGGGUCAAGAAAUUUAUAACUAGGAUAUGUGUUAAUUUCCCUCUGCAUGUUCUUCCUAUGCCAUCCGGCCUCUAAAUCUCUCUCUAGCGAAGACAGAUAUCUAGCUGGCUAGGAUGAAGAAAGUUAAUUACCAAGUUGAACUAAUUAAAAUUUGCCAGAUUCCAAACCCAUCUCUAUUUCCCCAGCUCUCAAUGAAUAUAACUUUCAAGGCCGGCUAGCUUUGAGAAAUUCUGACAAUUCGGAAAGCAUGGAUGCACAACUAGCUACUUCGAGCGUUUCAAAUCAAGUAUGUAGCUAUAUAGCAUUCUCGCAAAACUAAUAAGCUCCAAACACGCUCCGGAAAUUUCUCGUGUAUAUAUGAAUUAUGAAGAAUUGAAGACUCAGGGCCCUCAGCUAUGCC